AUGGGUCAAUCACAAACUUCGAAAUUCGAUACAUUAUUCACAUUAAUAUGUACAGAUAAUACAGAAGAAUUAACCCGACGAUUACGCUCCUGUUCAUCACCGGAACAAACGAAAUGUCUAUCGAAUUUAUCCGAUGCUGAUAAAGCAGUAACAUUAUUAAUGUAUGCGGCUUUUUAUGGCAAUAUGACUACUUGUCGAUUACUAUUUGAAUCAGGUGCACAACUAUUAAGUCGAGAUCACGAAGGACAUAAUGUUCUUUUCUAUGCUAUGGCUGGUCAAGCUUAUAAUGUUGCUAAAUAUUUAAUUGAAACAGCAAAUACACAAUUCGAUGAUGAAACUCGAAAAGAAUUUAUUAAUAAUUUAGAUAAUACUGGUGAAACUUGUUUGCAUGAAGCUGUUAAAAUACAUGCAAUUUCUUGUACUGAAUUGCUUAUAAAACAUGAUAUUGAUAUCAACAUUGCUAAUAGAAAUGGUCAUACUGCUCUUCAUCGUGCUGUUGAUCUCGGUCUCUCAGAUAUCGUUCGUCUAUUAAUUAAAUAUAAAGCUGAAUUAAAUACAAAAGAUUUAUCUGGUUGGACGCCUCUUCAUGUCGCAUGUGCUCAUAAUGAUAUUGAUCUUGUGCGUUUACUUAUUAGUCGUGGUGCACGUCUUAAUGUAACUGAUAAUCGUGGUUGUUCACUACUCGAAUGGGUACAUGAAAAAGGUUCACGAGAAAUAUUUGAAUAUCUUAAAAGUCAUAGUGGAAAAGAAGUCAACCCAACAACAAGAAAUCGACGAACAAGUGAACGCUUGCAAAAAACUAAGAAAGAUAUACCGAAAUCUUACUCAUCACCAACACCAAUGUCUAAAUCGCUUCCAAAUGGCACAGAUACAUUUUUGAAUUAA